AUGCUCAAUGACCUCAAUAGUGCCUCCCAACGGAUAGGUCUUAAGAUGAACAUGAACAAAACAAAGAUCAUGUUUAAUGUCCAUGUCACACCUAUGCCGGUAGUUGUUGGGAGCACUAUGCUCGAAGUUGUUGACGAGUACGUUUACCUGGGACAAAUAGUCCGACUAGGUAAGUCCAACUUCGACCGAGAGGUCAAUCGACGGAUUCAACUCGGCUGGGCAGCGUUCGGGAAAUUACGACACAUCUUCUCGUCAGGUAUACCUCAAUCUCUGAAAACUAAAGUGUACAACCAGUGCGUGUUGCCAGUGAUGACUUACGGAUCAGAGACGUGGUCCUUCACUGCUGGCCGUAUGAGGACGCUCAAGGUCGCUCAGCGAGCUAUGGAGAGGGCUAUGCUCGGAGUUUCUCUGCGUGAUAGACUCAGAAAUGAGGAUAUCCGCAGUAAAACCAGAGUGACCGACAUAGCCCAACGGAUUAGUAAGCUGAAGUGGCAAUGGGCCGGCCAUAUAGCUCGAAGAACCGAUAACCGAUGGGGAAGAAAGGUUCUCGAGUGGCAGCCUCGUACCGGUAGGCGUAGUGUAGGGCGACCCCCCACUAGAUGGAGUGACGACCUGGUAAGAUAUGCAGGAAGUCGAUGGAUGCAGGUGGCUCAGGACCGUGCUUUGUGGCAUUACUUGGGGGAGGCCUAUGUUCAGCAGUGGACUUGUGAAGGGCUGUGA